AUGCGAAUCCGGUAUCCCUUCGCGGGCGCCUUUGUCUUCCUGCUCAUUCUCGCCGCCUACGUCGGCCUUCUUCCCCAUAGCACCUCAUCCACCAUCCCAUCCCAACUUCAACCCAACGACAAAUUCCUCCAUGUCGUCACCUUCUUCCUCCUCUCCCUCAUCUUCUACUGGGUCUUCGACACCACCCGUCGCCGAAACCUCCACCUGACCCUCCUUGUCUGCACCCUCAUCCUCGGCAUCGGCUCCGAAAUCGUGCAGGGCAUUCUCCCCAACGGCCGCAACUUCGACCCGUUCGACCUCCUAGCCAACAUCGUCGGCAGUCUCGGCGCUGUCGGCCUCUGUAGCUGGUACCACCGACGCAUGCUGGACCGGCGCCGCAAGGCCCGCUUCGGUUCUCUAGGUGGCGACGGCACCGACAAUGAUGUCGAGCUCGGCCACCUCCAUGACGAGGAAGAGGGUCUCGGACCCCAAGAAACAGGUGUGAUGAGUCUCGAGCAGGAGGUGGAUAAUUGGGACGAGAAUGCCGUUGACAACUGGGAGGAGGAUGACGAGACGGGCGACUUGGCGGGUGAUGCCUCGAAGCGGGUGUCGCCUGCUGAUGGGCAUGGAGCGAAGCGGAGUGAUUGA